AUGUCAGGAAAGCGUGUUCCAACCUCCUCUAGCUCAACAUCUUAUCAGCAGACAACUUCCUGUACAGUAGCAGAAGUUGGAGGUCUGGAGUCGUCGUCUGUCACUGAGUUAACAGAGGUCGCAUCUGGCUACUCGCCUUAUCCAUCACCUGGUCAGUCACCUGGACAUUCACCUGGGCUGUCCCCAGAUCACAGGUCACGGUCAUCUAACCAGGGUGUGUACCUGACCAGUACCCCCAUUAUGUCAACUUCAUCUUCAGAUGGUGAACCUAUAUUGUCAUCUGCUUCAGCCAUCAUGUCACGUCACGAGAAAAAGAAGAAGAAGUGGUACAGACGUCUUGGACAGCAGGUGAAAAAGUCAUUAGGUUCUAAAAGUGAACUAGUUACCAGACAGAUGAGUAAGUCCGAGGAAGAAUUGAUUGUUGUGUCUGGUCAAUCAGUCAGCCUGUCUUCCUCAGGUUUUAACUUUGGCCAUGCUAAUUCUAUGGUAAACUUGACACAGAGAGUACCCGAAACACAGGAGUACCGGCGUACAACGCUACACGAACUACCAAUGGACAGGUGCGCCUCUGAUCAGUACCUUCUAAGAGGUAAGGAUACACAUCUCGAAACAAGGAGUCUCCCUACCAUGAGUCCAAAACGUUUUCACCAACUUCAAGGCCAGAGUGACUUGUCAUUGUCCACUCAGGACUCAGAUCCUUCAGAUAUUGACAGUCGCUCAGAUAACCUGGAUGAUGAUUCGGCUAUAAGUGUUACUAGUAGGAUAAUGUACUCAUUGGCAGACAAGUCGGACUUUCAGGAACUAAACAUCAGACAGAGACAGCAGGCUUUGAUGCAACAUUCCUUCUUUGUACUAGAAGUGUGGCUACGGGAAGGUCGUGACCUGGUAGUUAGGGACAGCUGUGGUACCAGUGACCCUUAUGUAAAGUUCAAAGUCGGCAGCAAGCAACACUACAAAUCUAAGACUGUGUACAAGAACUUAAAUCCCCAGUGGGAUGAACGCCUAUCCAUUCCAAUAGAGGAUGUGUACCGACCAGUCAAUGUCAAAGUGUUUGAUUAUGACAGAGGCAUUAGUGACGACCCCAUGGGGUCAGCCGAGAUUGAUCUCACCACACUGGAACUCAAUACGGCAACAGAUCUUAAGCUGGCACUGGCAGACGGUGGUAAGAAUGAGAAUUACAUGGGCUAUCUCCUGCUACAAUGUACAUUGGUACCAAAGACCAUCCAGGAAAAGGAAACAACGACAUUCAAGACAAAAGGUGCCACGAAAGGUGAUUCAAAUAAGAAGCUGAAGAUGCAGAUCUGGUGUGGUGUUGUAACAAUAGUGUUGGUGGAGGGACGAAAUCUAGUGCCCAUGGAUAACAAUGGCUACAGUGAUCCCUAUGUCAAGUUCAGAUUGGGUGCUGAGAAGUACAAGAGCAAGUUUAAAACAAAAACGCUGAACCCUACCUGGUUGGAACAGUUUGAUCUACGUAUGUAUGACGACCAAAGUCGUAAUCUGGAGAUCACAGUCUACGACCACGAUGUCACUGGGCGUGAUGACUUUAUGGGAAGAGCUGUGAUUGACCUGUCGCAGGUGAAACAUGAGGUGACACAUACAUUUGACCAGGCCCUGGAGGAUGGGGCUGGCAUCAUCAAGAUACUGCUGACUGUUAGUGGAACAUGUGGCACAGAGACAAUCUCUGACCUCGCCAACUUUACCACAAACCCUCGUGAUCGUGAGGAAACCGUGAACAAAUAUAACUUAAAAAGUUCCUUCAAAAAUUUGAAAGACAUUGGCUGGCUCCAAGUUAAAGUGUUCCGUGCUCAAAACCUGGCGUCUGCUGAUAUAGGAGGAAAGAGUGAUCCGUUCUGUGUGUUAGAACUCGUCAACUCUCGAUUACAGACACAAACCGAGUACAAAACUCUUAACCCAGAGUGGAACAAGGUCUUCACAUUCAAUGUGAAGGACAUCCAUUCUGUGUUGGAGGUGACUGUAUAUGAUGAGGACAGAGACAAAAAAGUGGAGUUCUUAGGGAAAGUGGCCAUCCCUAUUCUCAACAUAAAACGAUGUGAAAGACGAUGGUACUCACUAAAGGACAAGAAGCUGAUGCGGAGAGGGAAAGGAGUAAUUCAACUGGAAUUGGACUUUGUGUACAAUCAUUUGAAGGCAGCAAUCCGUACAGUGAAUCCUAAAGAAGAGAAAUAUAUGCAACCUGAUCCCAAGUUUAAAAUAUCUGUGAUGAAAAGGAACAUUGACCGUGUAUCCCAGCUAGCUAGCUCUUUUAUUGAGGGAGGCAAGUUUAUCCAGAGCUGUUUUGAUUGGGAAUCUCGAGCACGGAGUAUAUCUGCCUUUAUAGCCUACCUUGUGAUAGUUUGGUGCUUUGAGCUUUAUAUGCUUCCGAUCACACUGUUGAUCAUCUUCCUCAAAAACUUCAUUAUCGUGUCUGUCACCGGAGCCUUCAACACCAGCACCAACAUUGAGGAUGCCUAUGUUGACUCAGAUGAUGAAGAUGAUGAUGACGACAAAGAUAAGGUGAGAAAAGAGGAGAAGAAGAGCUUUAAGGAGAAAUUACAUGCAAUACAAGAGGUCUGUCUACAAGUGCAACAAGGCAUGGACAUGGCAGCCUCCUUAGGUGAACGAGUCAAAAAUACAUUCAACUGGACGGUGCCCUGGCUUUCCAUGUUAGCUGUGAUAGCCCUGACAAUUGGUGUGAUUGUGCUAUAUUCCAUCCCUCUUCGUUUCCUCAUACUGGCCUGGGGUAUCAACAAGUUUACGAAGAAACUCAGAGCCCCUAAUGCCAUUCCAAACAAUGAACUCCUGGAUUUCCUGUCUCGAGUACCCUCUGACAGUGAAUUGGUACAAUACCGAGAACUACGCCCUGACGCUCAGUCAAUGUCAAAGAAAUCCAAACAAGCGUAGCAAGAUUCAUGUAAAGCCAUGUUUGGUAAAAAGAUGGUAGACAGUGUUGCCUUCAUUGCAUAAUUGCACCAACUCUGGUGAUAUAAAACAUUGCUGAAGCAGACUUUGGUGAUAUGUCAAGGUCAUCAGAAUGCACUGAUACACUGCUGAUCUCUGUCACACCCAGAAGUACACUGAAGACAGGCUCAAGGUCGCUUCCAUCAAUGAUGACCAGGAUAUGGUCAAAACCAGUCGGCUGAUGUUUUGGUUGUGCUGAGACUAAAUUUUGUGAAGAGAUCUGUGGUCUGUUGUUGGAAAAAUUUGGAAGAGGAACAUAUCAGGAAGAUAGUUAUAAACUAUCACUGAUCAUACUUGGAUCAAUUACCAUGACAACGGUAGUAAAGUUGACAUUGAUACUAGUUACCAUGGUGAUGGUAGCAGCAUUUAAAAAUGGAUGUUACCUUGGUGAUAUGGUUUCUUUUCUUCGUUGGUGAUAUUAUCACCAUUUCUGAGGCAGCUGUAUUUUUUCUUACUUUUAGUCCCUAAUCUUACCCACAGGGUCAUACUCAUCAUCCCAAUUACUGUUGACUCAGACUACAUGGCAGUUCUACCAUAUUAUACUAUUGUUAUACUGCAGGUGGGCAAUGGUCCAUCGCUUCCUUUGAGAUCCACUAUGUAUCUCCUUUGGAGAUGGAAAAAGAAACUGAAGUUUAGUUGCUGUGGAGACAGAUGGCCUCAUUUUCACUGGAGCUUUUGUUUCUUGUUCAGAAACUGUGGAUUGAAGUGUUUUGAUAUUUGUACAGUUUUCAAAACGACAAUUUGAUCAACUAGUUUUUGUAGAGGAGUUUUUGAAAUAUCCUCUUGUGUUAAACUGGGUUUGGUGGGUAAAAUAUUUGAUAGCCUUCAAACCCAGUUAGAUAUUCACACUUUCGCACUGCUGACAUUUUCGGUGAAUAUUAACAGGUGCACACAUGUGUUACACCAGAGAGGAGGAGGAGGUAUCUGUUUCAUUAAAGACACAGAUGUGCUGAGGAGAUCCAGGCUACAUUACAUCCUAUGCCACACAUCAAUAUUCCAGUUGUUUUGGCGGAUAAAUCACAGAUUUACAUUCCGUAUGCAAGGAGAAGAGAAUCUCACCUGUUCUUGAUGUGUAUAAUUUUAAACAAUCAACAUUUACAUUAUAAUGUUUAUUUUUCAUUGUUAUCAAACCAUGCAAGAUUUUGGUAGAAUAUUUCUGUAUGUAUGUUAACAGAUAUAUUAGUUUAUGUAUGAAAUCCAUGCCUUAUCAUUUGUUUACCUUUGAAUGUCUCACUGACUAUAGAUAUACAUUAUCAGAAAUCUCAUAAUAUUUUGAAGCUUCUCAAAGCUUUUGAUCUGUGUAUGAAUCUUUGUAAUCAGUUGUCCUCACUAGAACAUGUCAACUAAACAUACUUAAAAUAAAUACUGUAAAUUCAUGUAUUUUCAUGGGGUUAAAUUUUUGUGGUUUUCAAAAUAAAAGACCAGUAGUCUAUUUCAUGGACACUUGAUUUGGUAGAAGACUCUAACUCAGUAACUCUACUUAUACUCAUCUCAACCGUUCCUGGAGAUGUUAAUUUGUGUAUUUAGAGUACCCACAGGAUCAGUGAAAAUAAAUCCCCAUGAAAAUUAAUGAUUAUUCAGUACCUUGACAUCACCAUCAGCAGAUGUUGUUUUUCUUUUCGUUAUCUUUGCUGAUAGUUGUGAUAUUUGUCAUUACCACAUCCAAACACUGUGUGUAGUACUUUUGACAUUAUGAACUUUUUGCCUGAAUGUUUAUCAAUAACACUACUUAAAUCAUUUUCCCCUCUUGUUUUCGAUAAAUAAAAUCCAAUUGACAAGGUCGAAAUAUAAUGGUAAUAAUUUUGAAUCUUUCACAUUUAUUUGAUGCUCAUUCAUUUUCUCAUGAAAACAAUUGGACAGUAUUUUCUUAGAUGAAUGUGAUGUUAUUAACAGUUAGUCAGGUUUGAGGUAAUCAGGCAAGAUUCUCAUGACAAAUUCUCUGUCUGCUUAAUUGGACCCAUUUUGAUUUUAUUUAAAUUCAGAAUUACACACUGAAGAAAAAAGAAAAGUUUGGUUUUUUUCUUUAAUUUAUAUAAAUCUAUGUUCUCUUAAAUUAUAUUUACAUUCACAAAGCAAUAAACAACUUUUCAUUAAACUUUUGUUGAUACUGACAAACUCGGAUUUAUAUGGACCAGAUCUGAUAAUAAAUAAAUUUAACUUAUUUUGCAAUUGUUGUAAAAUAAAUAAUUUCAACUUAUACUAAUCACUCUCGUUAGCCCUGAUGUAAGCGUGUGAGGGGUCAUUUCACGUCCAUUCAAGGAGUCGAACCACGACGGCUAGGUGAAAGGCAUGUGCAUUACCACUGUGCCACCCGACCACCCCAAGAUCUGAUUUAUAGCUAGGGGUUAUUUUCUCAAUGUUAUUACAGAACAGGCAAUUACAACUGUUUACACAAUUAGUAAUGUGAAAGGGAAAAUAAACUGAUUUAUUUACAACUAUCUUAAUCCCUGCUAAAAAUACCAAUACUCUUGUCUUCAACAUCCCAGGCAGGAUUUUUAUCCUAACUGAACUAAAAGUUAGGUUCUGACUUUUAAGUCAUAUACUU